AUGCCUAUUCUCAUUAUCUAUCUAUCUAUCUAUCUAUCUAUCUAUCUAUCUAUCUAUCUAUCUAUCUAUUUUAGUCUGCCCAAUCUUUAUAUCUAUCUAACUCUUUCAUUAAACCUUGGUUUCUUUCUUUAUCUUUUACUUCAUUUCUCUCUUUUACCUUCAUUCUUUGCUUUCUUCUCAUUCGUUUUUCUCCCUCUUAUUUCUUUUUUUUUCUCUUUCUUUCUUUCUUUCUUUCUUUCUUUCUUUCUUUCUUUUUUAUUACAUUUUUCAUCUCUCAUUUCCCCCUCAUUUACUAUCCCAUUUUUCUUUUCUUUUUUUGUUUCUUUCCUUUUUUCAUUCUUGCUUGCUUGCUUUCUUUCUUUUUCUUUCCUUCUCACUUUGAUCCUUUUCUCUCUCUCUCUCUCUCUUUUCCUUUCUUUCUUUCUUCUUCUGUCCUUCUUUCUUUUCUUCUUUGGUACCUACCUCUCUAUCUUACUUUUUCCCUUUCUUUCUUUCUUUCUUUCUUUCUCUUUCUUUCUUUCUCUUUUUCUUUCUUUCUCUCUUUUAUCAUCAAAAUACCGAUUCUUCAAUGCUUUUCAUGUUGGUUUGCCAGCUUGGUUUCUUUCUUUAUCUUUUACUUCUUUUCUCUCUUUUACCUUCAUUCUUUGCUUUCUUCUCAUUCGUUUUUCUCCCUCUUAUUUUUUUUUUACUCUUUCUUUCUUUCUUUCUUUCUUUCUUUCUUUCUUUCUUUCUUUCUUUCUUUCUUUCUUAUCUAUCGUCCUCCUUUUCCCCUUUCUCAUUACUUCACUUCCUCUUUCCAACACUGUACCCUCUCUCUCUCUCUCUCUCUCUCUCUCUCUCUCUCAUUAUUUCCCUCCUUUUUUUCCAUUAUUUCUAUCGUUUUUCGAGUUUGCUUUCCGAUAUAAUUUCUAUAAAUCUACUGAAUUUGUCUCUCUAUAUCUAAAUCUCUAUUUUUUCUACUGUCUUUUUUCUAUCUAUCUAUCUAUCUAUCUAUCUAUCUAUCUAUCUAUCUAA